AUGUCAGAUACCAAAAAUAUCGAGUCUUUGAUUUUGGAUGCUGGUCCAUUAAUCACACAGCCAGCUACUACUUUACAGCAAUAUGCCGUUGCAUAUUAUACGACACCAGGGGUACAUAGCGAGUUGAAAGACGAAUAUUCCAGACAACAAUUAGCAAUUUGGGGUGAUAGUUUAAAAAUUAAACAGCCAAAACAGGAAUACAUUGAUAGAGUUGUCAAGUUUGCGAAAUUAACAGGUGAUUAUUCUGUGUUGUCGGUAAAUGACUUGCACAUUAUUGCAUUAGCAUAUGAGUUGGAGUGUUUGAAUAAUGGUGAAGAAAAUUUGAGAAGCUUCCCCGGUGAAGUCUUGAAAAGCCAACAAGUUGAAAAUGAGAAUGGCACAAGCAAAUUGUCAAGCAUUAUAGGGGAUGAUGACGGGUUUGUAGUUGCUACAAAAAGAAGAGGUGGCAGAAGACAAAGAGAGAAGGCAGAGUUAAGGAAGAAAGGGUUGUUGCCAACAUUUUCUCCAAAACCAAAGGGUGACCCAGAAACAGAAGAGCCUGAUGAGUUAUCAAAUGUUAGAGCUUCCAAUGAGACAUCCGAAACAGAUUCUGGGAAAGAAUCCGAUGUGCAAGAACAGAAAAAACAAGAAGAACCAGCACCUGGAUCCAAAACUGCUGAAGUAGAUGAAAUAACCGAAGAAUACAAUGAAGACGAUGAUGAUGGAGAAUGGAUUACUCCGGAAAAUUUACAAGAGGAGAUAUUGAAAGACAAAAAUGAACAAGUGCAAGAGUCUAAUACAACCGGUCCGCUUAUUAAAGUGGCUCUAGCAACUGGUGAUUUUGCAUGUCAAAAUGUUGCUAUGCAAAUUGGUAUAAAGCUAUUGAAUGCGAUGUCAGGGAAACAGAUUACUCGAGUGCGUAAUUACAUGUAUAGAUGCCAUGCCUGCUUCAGGUUGACGCCAAUGAGUAAAGAUGGUAGACCGAAGCAUUUUUGUCCCAAAUGUGGUGGUAAUACAUUGUUGAGAUGUGCUGUAUCCAUUGAUAACGAGACAGGUAAAAUAACUCCUCAUCUAAAACAGAACUUCCAAUGGAUCAGACGUGGUGAGAGAUACUCGUUACCUUCACCAUUGAGUAAGAAUCAAAAGAAAUUACAAGGUAACGGUGGUUACCAGCAUAAUAAAGAAAACCGUCACAAAUCGUUGCAAACACCAUUGAUACUAAACGAAGAUCAAAAGGAAUAUCAGCAGGCGUUGAAAAAUGACGAAUGGGAAAGAAAACAACAAGAGAAGAUGUUACAAGAUUGGAUUGGGGGAGGCAGUGCAGACAAUUUUGUGUCUCCCUUUGGAGACACAGUUAGAAACUCUGGUGUUAAAGUAGGACGUGGAAGAUAUGCUAACUCUUCCAAGAAGAAGAGAAAGUAG